GUCUGAACAAUAAACAGAAAGAUGUCCUCGAAGCCGCACGCGUCGGCUCAAACUCAGUCGCAGCUCCCAUCGCUCACACCGAGGCCUGAUAUCGAUAAGCAUCUACGACUGUGAUUCUACGCAGGCUUUUAGCUUGGAUAUUACUUCAGAGAGUAUAUACCGAGUAGUGCCGUUGAUAAUACACAGCAAUGCCUCCAAAGGUGGUAGUCCUGGUAGCUGGCGGCCAGGCUGCAGGAAAGAAAUCAGUGUGUGCGGCAAUCACGAAACGGCUGGCGGAGUGGAAGGUCACAGACGUCAAGACGCUUUCCCUCAACGAAUUCAAGGUCGCGAACUUGCCCAAAGGCACAAACCCCGAAGGACCAGAUGCGUACGACUUCUCCAAAGCUCUCACCGCAGUCCUCUCCCACCAGGAAGACAUCCUCCUAGUCGAGGGUCUGUACGCGCUCUACGAGGCCACUCCGGAAGCCAAACUGCUCAGAGACUCGGGAAACAUCAGGAUCUACGUCGACCAGGACGCAGACACGCGUCUGUCGCGACGGAUAAACCGCGAUACCAUUGAGCGGAAUAUACCGCUACAUAGUGUUUUGGAUGAUUACAUUGAACACUGCAAGCCAGCCAUGGAACUAUACAUCAGAACCACAAAACCCCGGGCCGACAUCGUCCUCAUGCGCGGCGCCGAGCCAUCUGGCAUCGAGCUGAUAUCGGGCGCAAUCUACGAUCGUCUUCUGGCCAUCGCUGAUAACGAGGCUACACCGGCUUGGGCGGGCGGACGAACGAGCAAGCUGCUUGAUGACGACAUGGUUGACAGCUUUUACGAGUUGUCAUAGGCUACAUACUGUGAAGUCGGUAGAUGAUAGAUGUAUAGUGUUGAAUAGCUA